AUGCCCUCCUACCUCCACCCUGCAUCCAUGCAUUGCGCCCCGCACGCCCAAGACCGCGGCGCCAAUGUCCCUGCCCAUCCCAACUCGCGCGAGCUCGCUGCGCCCACCCACAUCUACUUCUGCACGGAAUCCCAGUCCUGCAUCCCUCCUCAAUCCCGGGCCUACCACCUCGACUCUCUCCCCUACACCCGCUCCCGCGACCCGCGCAGCAUGACCACGUCGGAGCUGCCCGCCUACACAAAGGCAUGGGAGGAGCGCGAGCGCCGCGGAUCGGUCGACAGCAUGCGCUCGGAUACGUCAGAAGACGGUCCUCGCGAGCCGGGCUCCAGCUCCGUACCGUGGCUGGCGUACCAGCCGCCGCAACACGCGGCCGACGAGCCGCUGAAGAGCGCUCCUGCUUACGAUGGGUGGUACCGCGAUGUCGUUGAGCGCCUGGCUGCUGGAGGAUCAUUGGACGCCCCCGAGUUCGCGGCCAUACUGGCGAAGGAGGUCGACGCUACGCAUGCGCUGGUGCCGGUGGGCGAGAGGAAUUGAGGACAUCCGGACUAUGCUUCUUUGUGGACGGUCUUUGUAUUCGCACGAGAGGCGUGCAUUGUUGUAUGGUUUACCUAUGUUGUACUUCCCCUUCGUCUUUCUCAGUAGCUAGGUCUACUUGUAAAUCACUUUCUAUGUUCUGCCCUCUCCCUGUACUAUGCCUCACAAUCUACCAUGACAUUCAC